CCCAUAGAAACGAAUAUCCGAAUAUCCGAAUACAGCCCUAGAAAUAACUGACCAAAAAUAUUGAAGUUUUUCACAAUAUUGUGAUUUAUUGAGAUGCGCCAGUAUAUAACAAUGAGCAAAGUAUGUUUUAAUAAAGUAUUUUAAACAAUCAAAUUUUACUCAUUCCUUAAUUCCACACAAAAUUAUGUUAAUAUUGUAUUUUGAGAAUUGCUUGAGUUUAUUAUAGUAAUAACACAUUGAAAAUAUACCAAAAUGCUAUUUAUGAUUUUUGGCUAAUGAAAAAAAUUUCUGGCCAGUAGAUUUUUAAAGCUUACUAGCCACUUGGCUAGUAAGCCAAAAAGUGAAGUUUGAACCCUGCUUGUAUGCGUUGUGAGACCACAGACAGCCACUUCAGAGAUGAAAUACCCAUUUAUAAGCAUGUUGUUUGACUCAGGAUGUGCAUUCAGCACAUUAAAAGAAUGCCCCCCCCCCCCAAAUGACCAUAUGUAUAUCAGUUACUCACCCUGUGUUAAGUUGAAUUCCGGAAGAAAACAGCAAAGCUUUUUCGAAACACCCCUUUACAAACUCUCACACAACUGGUGCAGUACAAGUCUCAUCUAUCCAGUUGCAGUAUUUUCCAAACAGACAUCUCUUUCCAACAGGGGACUUAACUAAAAAUUAAGCGUAUUUAUGCUCUCUGUAAAGCCAGACUCCAGUAACAAGAACAGUAAUAUUUGUCUCACUGGACACAACAGCUGCUGGUCUGCCACUGCCUCGAUCAGUUAGUUUGUUUGUCUUAAUGUGUGACUUUGGUGUUUUAAAGGGAUAGUGCACCCAAAAAUGAAAAUUCAGCCAUUAUCUACUCACCCAUAUGCCGAGGGAGGCUCAGGUGAAGUUCAGGGGUUCGUUUGGAUUCACCAAAGUCACACAACAGUAGCAAACUAUCACUAAGGCAGUGGUAGACCAACAGCUCCUGUGUUCAGCAAAGGGAAAUCACUGUUUUCGUCACUGGAGUUUGGCUAUGAAUAGAGCAUAGAUAAGUUUCACUUUCAGGUAGGUUCCUUGUCGCAAAGAGUUCUUCCCAAAGUCUGUUUGGGAACAACUGCCUGUCACGUCGGCCUCCCGGCUGGCCUCCAGCUCCACUCUGCCUGUCACAUCGGCCCUCCCGGCAGCCCCCCAGAUCUGCUUCACCUCUCUAGUCAACCUGCUGGUCGCCCUCUGGAUCGGCCUUGGCCAUCUGCUCUGCCUCCUGGCUGCCCUCCAAAUUUGCUCCGCCUGUCUGGUUGACCUCCUGGCCACCCUCCGGAUCUGCUUCACCCCUCUUAUCAGCUUUAUGGUCAGCCUUCAGAGGUGUUCUGUCCACCUGGUCGACCUCCUGGCCAACCCCCAGAUCUGCUCCACCUUUCCAGUCAUCCUCCUGCCCGUCCUCCAAAUCUGCUGGCUGCCCUCCCACUCUCCUCCACCUGUCUGCUCAGCUCACUAGUCGGCCUCCAGGCUGAUUCGCCUAUCAUGUCAGCCUCCUGGCCGCCCUUCAGAUUGCUACAGCAUCCUGAUCAUCCUCCUGGUUGGCUCUGCUCAGAUGUCCGGCCCUCCGUCUGUCCUCCAGUUCUCUGCUCCGCCCCUGUCCAGCCCUCUGGGCCUUCUGCCAGAGGUCCCUUGCUCCGCCCUUGUUCAGUUUCCACACCAACAUUUGAACAAUAAGCCUCUCCAGCACACACACUUUUUGCCACAUUGUUCUUCAACCUCAUGCAAGACUUUCCAGCACUCCUUACCUGCCUGAUCUCCUUUUAUCGACCCUGCCUCCCUCUGACCUGCCUAUGUCGUCUGUUUCCCGUUGCCUGGUGCAGCUCAGAGAUUAUCUGUGAGACACCACACACUGCCUUGUGCGUGUGUCCUCCUUUCACCUACAUGUCGACCCUUACACCCAGAGACUGUGUGUGGAAUGAACUAUUACCUGGAUACCUUUAAUGAAGAAUUCGCCCUCUGGUCCAGCUCCCUCCAAUGACAGUAAUACAAAGAUGACAUUCUCUCAAUCUGAACUGGAGACACUGAUCGAGCAGGAGGUUGACACUGUAUUUAAAAAGAGGGAAAACAAGCUGCAGGGUUUGAUAGGUACUAUUCAACAGCUGGAUCGCGAGGUCAACUAUGAAAGCUCCAUGCAAAAACUGGAGGCUCAAAUUAACACCAUAACCAAGAGAGCAGAAGCAGCUAUUGCCUACAUAACAAAGACACAGAAAAAGGGCCUCCUGCCAUCUCCUGUUGAUAACGAGAUCAUGAGGGAAGACUCUGAGAAUGAAACCACAGAGGCCACGUCACAGACUGACAGAAAGAGCACAGAUUGCAUGGACAAGAGUGGAGAGCUCUUCAGAAUGACAGAAACCACAAUAAAGGCACUUAAGAAGAUGCAUGAUGAUAAUGAAGUUUUGAAGGCUGCCAUAGCAGAUUUAAGUGAGGAGCUGCCUCAUCCGGUUCUUACCCCUGACGGCUCUCCUGACUGUGAGGAGCUCAUCACGUCAAUAAAGAAAGAGCCAGAAAAUGAGCAGGAAACAAAGAACAAUGUUGUGGAGUCCAAGCAGCGUGAGGAACCAAAGGCCGGGAGGGUGAACGUAGAAGGUCUCUCAACUGUCAAUAAUAACCUAGUAACAGCCCUGCACACAGACUCAGAGCAGGACAAGUACCUGUACCCUCCUCUUCCCUCCACCACUUUCCCCUCCAUCCUGAGCAUGGAAGCAGCCUCAUACAACAUUCCCCAGAGACCAAAGGUGCUCCUGGCUCUCAUCAGGAACCCUCCUGGCCUCUCUGUAAUGUGGGAUGUGGAGGAGAAAGACCCCUCUGAGCCACCAAUGAAGAGUUACAGCAUCUUCAUGACCAUGGAGAAGCAGAAGGGCAACGGCGUCUUUCGAGAUUGGACCACCCUUGGUGAGGUGCCGGCCAACCCUCUGCCCAUGUGUGUGAUGGUCAGCAAGUACAAGCCCGGACACAAGGUGUGUGUCGCUGUAAUAGGCAAAGACAAGUUUGGCCGAUACGGACCUUACAGUAAAGUUGAAACCAGAGCCAUACCGGACUAGCUGGGAGGAGGACAUGGUGUCAAGGGAGAGAUAACACGUGAGGCUACCUCUACCUGGAUUUGCCCAGUUUUCUCAUGAAGUGCCUUAAGGUUGAUAAUGUGGGGAAUGUCAGGAAGAUUAUUUGGCGUACUUUAAAAUUGAGUGGAACUUCAGCCAAACAUUAACAGGUACUGUAUUUAUGCCCUCCAGCAAUUAUUGCAUUUACAUGGACAUGAAUAACCCGCUUAUCCUGGUUAUGAUCAUAUUUGGGAUACGGUGUUUACAUGAGCACAGACGAAUCAGGUUUUGCGUAUCCCUCGCAUACAUAAAAAUCCUAUUCUCUGUCUCAACCACACACACUUUCACUCCACACUGUGCUGUUCUUGAAAGGAGUUACACUACUCUUAUAACACUCCUCCAUUUUGACUUGUGCCAGCCUGUUGCUUCCACUACCACUAUGUAGGGAAGCAGUGGAUGAAGACACGCAGCCUCCUACCAAAAGACAAAACUCAGUUUAACUUCAUUGCUCCAGAAGUGAGACGUUUUCGCCACCACUAUUGUUUGUAUUUCUGUAACGUCACAUGACUGAAGCUGCUCCUGUGUAGGAAGUCAGCGGUGCUCAAUAACCAGGAUAAGGUGUAUUCAUGGAACAGUAAUCCGGUGUCUUUCAGAUUACUCCAGUUAGGGCUGGGCAGCAUAUUUAUGUUAUCACCAAUAUCGUGAUAUGAGACUUGGUAUUGUCUUAGAUCUUGGUUAUCGUUUUCUGAACAUACCAGACUGUUCUAGCUGUUCUAUUAUUUGCCUUUCCCUACUUAGUCGUCACAUCCAGAAUACUGAUGAUUAUUCAUGUUCAUGUAAACAGACUCAUUGAUUACGGUUCCAAAGGAAGUAGUGUAAAUAGCCAUGUUUGAAGCACUUCUGUCUCUGUUUGGUUAUCUCCUGUUAUAAUGGAGCAGUCGUUUAAGCCUUAAAUAAACAGACAACCAUGAGAUGCAUUUCACUGUGAAAAAGUAGUUCACGCAAUGUUAGCAAUGUAUAACAAAUGAUGAAGUUUUUAAAUGAGAUAAUAAAAAUGACAAUGUUUUAAUGUA